AUAGGCAUUAAAACUCAUCUUCCUCCUCUCCCCGACGCCUCACUCUUCUCAACUGCUUGUGUUGCCUUUAUUACUGCAAUAUUCGCUCUUUUGCAGUGGAAGACUUGUUCCAGUUGAAGGAUCACCAGUAGUUACUAUCAUUGGCACCUUUGGAUAGUCCGUGACUUUCGACACCACCGAAACGACAAUUCCAGAAUGCCUUACCCAGAAGAAGCCGAGGGUUUCCAGAUCGACAGCGCCGAUACCUGGACGACAUUUCACAAGAGGCACUUCAAGCUCAAGCCAUUUGGCGACUACGACGUCGAUGUGAAGAUUCUGGCCUGUGGAGUGUGCGGCUCCGACCUACACACCAUCAGUGGAGGCUGGGGCGCCCAGAACUUCCCUUUGGCUGUCGGUCAUGAGAUUUUGGGCAUCGCAGUGCGGGUAGGGCCUAAGGUGACACUGAUCAAAGAAGGGCAACGUGUUGGUGUUGGCGCCCAGAGCUUCUCAUGUGGACAAUGUAAACAAUGCAAGAACGAGAACGAGACAUAUUGCCCAGUCAUCAUGAUCGAUACAUACGGCUCUAAAUGGCCAGAAGAGUACGGCGGCGUGGUCUCCCAGGGAGGCUAUUCUAGCCAUGUCAGAACUCAUGAGCACUGGGUCUUUCCUAUCCCAGACGGCCUCGACACGAACAUUGCCGCACCAAUGUUGUGUGCUGGCCUUACAGCCUACAGUCCAUUGGUCAGAAAUGGAGCAGGUCCGGGCAAGAAAGUGGGUAUUAUCGGACUCGGUGGGAUUGGUCAUUUUGGAAUCUUAUUCGCCAAGGCACUCGGUGCUGAGGUGUGGGCGAUCAGUAGAAGCCGGUCUAAGGAGGAAGAUGCUAAGAAGCUCGGUGCGGACGGAUUCAUCGCAACCAACGAGGCCGACUGGGAGAAACCGCACAAAUUCUCUUUUGACUUGAUCGUUAAUUGUGCCAACUCGUCCAAAGGAUUUGAGUUGCAUAAAUAUCUGAGUCUGAUGGAUGUCCACGCCCCCUUCGUCAGCGUUGGCCUGCCCGAGGAAGCGGGACAAGAGAUCAAGGCGCAGAACCUUUUGUCCAAUGGUGUGAUGAUUGGAGCCAGCCACCUGGGCAGUCGCAGAGAGACAUUGGAGAUGCUGCAGCUAGCAGCAGAUAAGGGAAUCAAGUCUUGGGUAGAAGAAAUCCCUAUCAGUGAAGAAGGACUGAAGGAAGCGGUCACGAGGCUAAAGAAUAACGACGUCAAGUAUCGGUUCACCUUGACUGGAUACGACAAGGCAUUUGGGGCAUAAAAGAGCCUUGACAAGACUGGGCUGAGCCUGCGCAAUCAGUAGAUAAAUCUGAUUGAUCGAUAAUCUAUUAAUCUCAAAAGCUCG